AAUACACAGCGGCACAGCAAUCGUUUCCUAAUUAGUAGAGCUUGACUCUGAAAAUGGCGGAAGGGCAUAAUCAGAAGCAGGUGGUUGCCUCUAUCAUUAUUCGCCGGUCAUAUCUCCAAAAACUAAUAUUUCCAACAGCUGUAAUUCAGACACAUCGUCAUCUUUUACCUCAGACGUUAUUUGAAAAUCGACGGGCUGCUGCGAUUUUGAAGAGUGACAGGAACCACAGGUUCCAUGUCACCUUCUCACUCGGGAGAAAUCAUGAGCGCCUCGUUCUCCUGGAAACUGGCUGGAGAGACGUCGUUCACGAUCUUGGUUUGGUUGAACAUGACGAGGUUGCCAUAUCGUUGGAAGAUGAAGCAAGCUCCACCUAUACGAUUGGUGUCGUCAAUAGAGUUCUCGCACCGGUUGAGGGUCCUCAGGCGGAAGAGGCUGACAUCUACCAAGGAGGUGAUGAAAUAAAUUUGGACCAAGAAGGGGAUACUCAUGCAACCGCCGCUGCUGCUUCGACUUCAGCGCCAUCCUCGUCCAGGCCGCAAGGCGAAGCUAACUCUGCCAUUUUGAAAAUUGACCUGAAUAAGCUGCCGGAAGAAUCAGAUGAAGAGGAGAUAAAUUAAAGUAAGUGUUUAUGUGUUUCAUUUUUCUUUAUUCAACUUUUCUUUUAGUGUUAAAUUUGGCUACCGCAAUGAUGAGUACCUUUAUUUUAUGAUUCCAAAGAGUUUGGAUUCGUACGUGUGUACUUUCAUUUUUUUUGUUUGCCAAUGAGUAAUUAAUAAUCUGUUACAGGAGAGGAUGAAAAGUGAAGGAGGGAGAUCAUCAGGAAGAAGAUCUCUGAUCAGAUUAAGUGUUUGUUGUUAAUUAUUUAGUAUAUAUGAUUAAUUAGAAGAUGAGUGCCAAUGGCAUUGAGCCAUUGAUAUAUAGUAUGUAUUUUGAAAAAAGUGGUAAAUUGGGUUUGUUUAUGCAUCAUUGAGUGUGGAGAUAUUGGGUUUGA